AAUUUUUGAAGUAAUAUGUAUGAAACAUAUUUAUACACAAGAAAAGGAUCAGUGGAUUCUAAAGGGUUCUCACAAUGGCGUAUAACACAGAAAAUGAUUUGGUUUUCGGGCUUUUUCCAUCGUCCAGUAUUCUGGAGAAAAGAAAACACGACGUUUCGGAAACUGGAUCCUCAACUGAACGGGGGGGGGGAGAAGACAUCUACUAAGUUGGGCCCCUUACAAAGAGGUAAUCUCAAUCAUUGGAUACUUCAAAGUAUCAUAACCUCAAAGGUUGUUUUGUACACACUUGAAAUGAAAGCAUAAUUUCCUAGUACAAUUAUUUUAAUUACUCAUUCCAAACCCCAAAUUUUCGAUCUCAUUCUUCAUUACUGUUAACACGCACUUUACAUUCACCGUAAUUUCGUCACUGAUAUGUAAGAGGUAAUCUAUUUCUGUUGCAACUGUGUGAAUGAAUCUUCUGUGCAUCGAUGCCGUUAAAAUCUUAUAAAUCUGGGGAUAAAACUAUUACAAAAAUCGCCCCCUACUUGAAAUUUCAACGAAACACCAAUUCCUGUCCCAGCGGCCCUUGGUGUUGCCAACUUCAUAAAAAUGAUAUACUCUACUCCUGACCGAGGCCUUAAUCUCUGUGACAGAACGUAGUGUUGCAAACAUAUUUGCUAUGAGAGAACGGAGGUAGUGGGAGUGAACGAUAUUUCUAGGUUAAAAUUUGUUUACUUUUUUACGAGUUGUCACGUAGGUCUGUGUAAUACUGUGUAUUUAAACUUGAAUCGUGUAUCUGAGGCAUAUAAAAUACAAAUGCGUUUUAAUGAUAGAGAACUUGUUCAAAUCAGUUUGGGUGAUGCAGAAUUGGAGGGGCGACUUAAUCAUCGCCGCCCCCUUAGCGGCAAUUUCAGCCAAAAAGGAUUCAAGGAGAGAUGGUUUAAGCUGAAGUCGAACCUACUUUUCUAUUUCCGCAUAAGUGAAAUUGGAAAAAUUUAUGAAAAACAGCCUGCAGGAGUGUUUGUACUGGAAAAUUCAAACAUCCAGUAUGAAGUUUGUAAUGGUGUCCCGUUUGCAUUCUCAGUAACAUUUCGUGAUGAGCCGGAUCGUAAACAUUUAUUUUCUGGACGAUCAGAAGACUAUAUCCAUCAGUGGGUCACUGCUAUGAAACAGGCUACAUAUGGACACUGGAGAUCACAACUUGUUAUCCUACAAACCAAAAUCAAUGCCAAAACUGGAAAAGAUCCACUGUUAAUGUAUCCACACAAUCGGGGAACUGUGCGGGACUUCCAGUCACAUCGUGGAAACAAGUCAGUUGGAGCUACUUCAUCUAGUUUCCAGUGUCACUUGCGGCAGAAAGUGGAAGUUCGCAAAGAUGAAAAGAGAACCUUUGAGAGUCAUCUGAAGAGAAUAGAAAGUAAUUUAUGUCAGAGUCAUAUACAACAAGAGGAACAAAGUGUCCAUAUGCCUCCAGAGAAUCUCAUAGAGCUAUGAAGCUGUGACCAAUGCUUUGCAUUGUCGAAUAUGAUUUCAGAGUCCCAAGCACUGGAUGUACAAACCAACAGGAGUCCUUCCAUAGUAAAUAGAAAUAGCAGGCUUACACAAAUUUCAGGUGCCGGGUAACCACAGCACCUAAAAUUUUGAUGUUGACACUUUGUAUUUUCUACGAAAAACAAUUUAUUUAUUUUCUCUCUUUCCUUCAAAUCUCUAUCUCCUUUCUCCAUUAUUGCUUUUCCAUCUGUUUUAUUUGUCCUAGUGUAUUUCCUGCCUCCUUUCUUCCCCCAUUCAUGUUAAAAUAGUUCCAUCACCCCUGUUCUUCCAUUCCUUUAUUCCUAUGUCUCCUACCUUUCUGCCAUACUGCUUUUUAUCCCUUUUAUUUAUCCAUCCCAUCAUUAUUCCCAUUCCGAUAUCCUAACAGUAGAAAAAGAUAAUCUGGCUUUUUCCCCAUAUCAUAGCCAUGGUGCAGUGAACGUUCUCCAAGCACGAAAGAAAAUGCAUAUUAUUUAUAAGUAGACAUAUCAGUUGUCCUUUUGUUAAUAAGAAUGAUUAAAUUUCUCACCCAAAAUAUUUUGUUUUUAUUCCGGUGCUUAGAUUUAUAUUAAGUUUGUACAGCCCUGAGAAAUGUUAUCAUGUUUGUACAUGUUGGAUCAUGUUAAUUGUAUAAUUUCAUCUGAAAAUGAAACCAGAAUGAAGCAUGAAUUCUGCCGUUUGCUUCCUGCUUCAUGCCGGUUUCUUGCUUGGCUUGUUCUUUGAUUCUGAAGAUGGACGUAACAUGUUUCUCAGAAACAUCAGUCAAUUUUCAGUGGACUACACAGCAUUAUAUUGUAUCCAGAAGAUACAACACGCCUCAUUACAUUUGCCAACCAAAGUUCUGAAUUUAUUUCAUGUUUGCCCAUUCACGUUACUUGUUUCAUCUCAUCUUUCUUAAAUUACUUACCCUAGCAGUACAGGCUAUAACCUUUAGGUAUAAUAAUAAUAAUAAUAAUAAAAUGGAUGUGAUGUGGAUUGAACUUGCUCAAUCCCAUGAGACACUCAUGGUGAGAGUGAUAUAAUAUCAAGGAAAAGCUGAGUAAAUGUAUACUGGUUAAGAAUGUCUUUGUAUUACUAUGAUCCUUUGUAGAUGCUGCUGCAGCAGAAAAUUUAAAUUAAGGGAUAAUCGUAUUUCUGUUCUGGAGUGAUGACACUAUGUUUUAUUGGGCUCAGUUUCUGACAUUUCAAAGUACCUGACUCCAUCGAAAUUUAUGAGCGCCAGCUGUCUGGUUGCUUUAUGUUGAAGGCAGAGACAGACAAGUUCUACAAGUCACAAAAUCAGAUCAGUACACUAUGAUGUAUCUUCACCCAAGAAUAGAAAUAAGAAUAAGCACGAACUACCAUGAAAGCCCAAAGACAUAUAUAAAUUAAAAGCUAUUUAAGUAACAAAAAUAAAAUGAAUGCAGUAAACUCCUGAUUAUCCCAUAUAAUCAGUAAUAAGAAUAUGCAACUAACUUGUGAAUUGGGACUUAUAAAAUGAUGCAAACGUUUAUAAGUGCAUUUUACUCAAAUGCUGUUAGUAGAUAUGAGUGUGGUUCUGAGAAGCUUCUUUGCUGUUUCUACACAUUAAAAAGAAAAACCAAACAAAGAAAACCAUCUCAAGUUUCCAAGUACAUAUUCAGCCGCAACAUAAAAUUCCCUUUGUUUUGUACUUGUUCCUUUUUAAAAAGCGGUUUCACACAAAGUUUAUCUUUUGACAUUGGAUACACCAGUCAGUUUUAUAAACAAAGCACUUAAAUAAUCUGCCCUUGGUUAAUUGGAGGUCUACAGUAUUUUACUAUGCUGAAUAUGGCAACAGGUAACAGCUCACUGCAUCCUGCAUUUAAUACAGCAGAAUUGCCACAUAGAGUAGAACAUCCAUUUAAUGUUUCUCAAUGUUUCUAACAUUCAUUUUCAGUGCUCCCAAGUAAGUAAUCAGUGUUAAAUUUCCUGCAUUUAAAAUUUUCCUCAGUUUGUUGUUCAAAUACACUACUCUUAAACACUUAGAACUCUUAAAUGCAGAUUUCACUGUUAUGUGGAACCAAUAAUUUGGGUUCCAUGCAUUUUGUUACAUAGAAGUCAAGAAUGAGCACACAGAUAUGUGUGAAAUUCGAGAUUUUGUCAGCAGUGCAUAUUAGCAUUGUGGUCUUUUGCUGUGUGAUGCCAUGUAGUCUGGUAGGUACAUACAUAUUUUGGAGGAACUUGCUGCUUCUGUCUUCAGAUGUUUAUCAGACUACACAUAAUCUUAUGAAACAAACUGAUACUUUGGUAUUCUUUUCAGUGUAAAAUAUCAAAACGUUAUCCUGCUGGUAUUAAUUUAAUUCUUUGUUGAUUUAUUUAUUUUAUUGCUUAAGAGAAAUUGUUAUGUUAUUAUUAUUUAUUUAUAGGAAUUUUUCAUAGAUCUCUGAAUAUGACUGACUGUAAACAUGUGCAUUGUAUAAUUACAUAUAUGCAUAAUUUUAAAUCUCUUUAGUAUGUAUUAUAUGUGAAAUAUCCAUAUAAAGUUGUAUUUAAUUUUAGGAUGCUUAAUCAUCAUUUAGAUUACACAACAAACCUGCUCAUACAGGAAUCUAAACUGGUCAGCAUAUCAUAUACAAAUUGCAGUCAUACCCCCUUUUAAUGUUUCUCAAUUUAAAGAUUUUUCCCAUUUAACAUUUAGUUUCACUGAUCCCAAAUCAAUAUUCUCAGUGUUGAAUUUGCUCCACUGAAGAUGUUCUGUAGUUUAAUGUUCAAAUCCACUACUCCCAAAAUAAAUAUUAACUGGGGGUUUCACAGUACUUCACUAAUGAAAAAGGCAUAGCAUGUGUGAAGAAUUUCAUGUUGGAAUUGGUGUAUAUUUGAACGUUAUAGGUACUAAAAUAUUUGCAGAUAAAUAAAUCGUCUAUUUUCACAAGUUUUUUAGUUCUAAUAAAUAAAUCACUGCACCAAUAAAACUUACAGUAAUCACAAAACAGACUGAAUCCCACUGUCUGUUAAAUCAUAUAGUCAUAUGAUCCAACACUACCAAAAAGCUUGUCUUUUUUUUUAUUUUUGAUUAUAUGGGUUCUAAGUCCCACAGUUAUUUCUAGACUUACAUGUGACCAGAUUUUAGAACACAAGCAAACUACGGGAGUGUAAGACAUAAGUUCUUCAGCAGCAUUUUCCAGGAAAUAGACGUGUCUUAUGUUUUGGAAAAUACUAUAGUUAUUCACUUGACCCUUUGUCUGUGAAGUCCUGACGCAGUACUACCUACUGGAAAUGCCAAGACUGUGUUUGGGUAAAUUCAGUUGGAGACUGAAAAAACGUUUGAAUCAACAUUUUCUCUUUCCCAGUUCAACCUUGAAUAUCUGAGACUUGCACAUGCCUCCAAAUUAGUAAUUAAGCUGUAGCAGAGAAGUGGAAAUACAGUACGGUUUCAUACUAAAGCUUUAAUGAAGUGGUGCCCAGAAGAUUGAGACAAUAAAAGAUUGUAAUUUUAGUGCCUUAGUAUAAGAAUACCCAUUUACACAAACUUUACAUGAACACAAUUUCAUAUCAUUUUUUUAAAUAAUUAAAAGAGAAAAUGAGAUUUGUACAUGGCUAAAAUGAAUUAAAUUAAGAUUAACAUAUUCACUGCCAUGCCUUCAUACCAGACCAGCGAUUUUUCUACAAAGACUGGAUUUUGAACAUACUAAUUUCUAAGUGGAGGUGGAAGACAUUUUGACUCUUUCAAGCUUCGACAUGCUACACGUUAAGUUUCUGUGCAUUUGACUAACAACUGUAGGAGAAAAUAACAUUUAUGUACACAGUAACAACAGGAUGUCACUUGACAGGAUCAUCACUGGCACCCAGUAAACAUGAACUUACCAGAUGACAGAAUUGACAGUGAAUUUGUUACUUUAAUUAUGUACUUAUCAAUGACUAUUAUGAAUGGUGACACCAGAAAAUCUGAAGUUAUACGAUUCUGAGUUAAACAAUCACUCUUGGGCAUAUGCCUAUGAUAUAAUUUUGAGGAAACCAGUGUAACAUGUACGGUCAAAGAAACAAAGUAAUAUAACCAGCAGAUGUAAAUAAUUUUAGAAAAUUUUAUUAUUUUAUUGUAAUUAGCUUCAAUGAAAUGUGUAUAUCUUGUGUGAAAUACACUGUGACUGUCCACUUUCAAACAGCAGGAACUUGCAUUACAUUUUAGCCUAGUUUCCUUAUUCUUUGAGAAAAAUGAAGAGCCUGUGGAAUUGCCAUGUUUAUGUGUCUUUUUCUGUGCCAUUUAACCUUAAAUUAUCUGUGAAAGACACAUACUUUCUUUCCAUAAUGUGAACUACAUGUCAGUCAUCCAGAAUCUAUAUUUAUUUUUGUGUUUCACUCAUCAAGAACAUCUUUUACAGUAUUAAAAUACUGAAUGUGGCCAUCAUUUUAGACAUCUUAAACAUCCAUCUCCCUUUGGUUGAUAUUUUAAGAUACUUUCUGGAAUACUGUCAGAUCUCACCCUAUCAAAAGCGAUUUUCUAAUUUCUGUUGUACUCUUGUAUAAAUUCUCUUCUUUGUGAAAUUUAUUUCAUUUUUUUUUACAGUCUGAAACAGUUUAAUCCACAGUCCUCGUGAAACACAUUUCUACUCAUAUCACUUCUCUCAUCGGGGGCACACAGUAGCGUAGUUAGUUGAGGCACUAUGCUACAAGCCGGAAGGACACAGGUUUGAGUCCUAACAA